AUGUCGCCUGAAGACACCCUUUCAUCUAUUCAUUCCAGCGAGGCCGAAGACGAUAUCCACAUGUCGGACGCUCCUCUUAGUCCUCCAAUGGGCUCCGAAGGUGAUGCGUCUGUCGACCUUACCGAAUCUGACGCUGACAACGCCGACGACAACGACGACACCACCGGUACCCACGACUUCGACCGCAGAACGCGAAAUGGUCGUCCAUUUCCUGUGCCAAUCCGGGCUGUCGGCCAUAUCGACGGCUACCCCGUUGAAGGCACGGUUGUCCCUCCUGGUCUCUCAUGUUACGAAGUGUGCCAACAAUACCCAAACAGUCUGUAUGGGGAUGGUCUAGACCCAUUCAUGCAGCACAAUUGGUCAUGUGGUCAAAUCUUCAAUUGCUUAAAGAAGGAUGCCCGGCAGGCAUUGACCCGAAACCACAAAACUGCAGACAAGAACCUAUCCAACGCCAUUGCCAAGCGCAUGAACAAACGUCGUUUGAAGCUGCGGCGCGAUGGGACUUGGGACAUGUUGAUGCUCGGCCCAAAGAUUCGCGAACAAGGUUGCAAUAUGCGAGGCAAUGGUCGCUUUCCUGGUCCUGCUCCUCCUGCUCCACCUGCUCCCACCCUUCCUCCUCAGCCAACACCUCCCCAAUCAGCUCCUUUCCAGCCAGGUGCUCUUGGUACUCCGAACCCUCUGGUCCAGCAACAGCCACCUUCUACGUCUCUAACCCUCCAGCCUGCGGUCGGUGCACCGGCCUACGAUGAUGAAACUCACCCCCAGGAUGAGUUCUUCUCUAACAAAAUCCGUUGCCCUCCCCGUCCCGACCCUCACGCUGGCGGGUUCCAUGAGCUACCACCUUACAACGAGGCUAUGGAAAUCCGCCGACUGAGUUUGUUCCCUGGAGAGGAUGGUUACCUGCCGCUACUCCCAGCAAACGAGGAGAUCAAUAGAGCCAUGCAUGCCUGGGGCGUCACUAUGCAGCAAGUCAGACGUGCAAAUCUUAAUCAACCCGCCGCUCACGGCUAUCAACAGCAGAUCUAUCCUGCGCAGAAUGGCUACCAUCAGCCUCAAGUGCCACGAAUGCAUUCCUGGAUGCCCCUGCAAACGCAUCAAAACUUGGCUCAUGUACAGCAGUCACCAGAUAGAGCGCACAGCUAUCAGAGCGUCACUAGCCUCGAAAAUGGAGAAAAUCAUACAAGUACAAACUGGAGCCACCAAGAUAUAGACGAAUUCACGACCCCAAACCACCUGCAUUACACCUACCCCGACCCCAGUUGGUCAACCCGGUCGAACUACGAGUGGAUCCAGGAUGGCCUCGACAAUGCUCAAAACCUGCAGCAACCUCAGCAGAGUGUCUAUGAGCCGGGCCAGAAUGCAUUCGAAGUCACUCCGUGGGAUGCAAGUGUCAAUCCAUUUGCCAACAAUGGCAACUUCUCGUCAGGUCGCCAGUUCCUCCCAAUCCCCCAAAGCGAGUUCAUGUACGAUUUGGAUCGCAACAACGACAUCAAGUACCAAUCCGAGCAAGGUGUUGGCCAGCAGCUCGAAGCCAGAUAUCAGGAGCACAAAGAGCAGCCUUGA